UGCGAAACUCCCGAGUAAGGAGGGAGCUACUCUGCAAAGCCUGCUGAAAGAGGAAAAAUAAAAAACACGCAAAAAUAACCUUAAAAAACAGAAAACCGUAAACGCCAAUCCUCCGAAAUCUACAUGUACUGGAAGACUUUUUUGUAACGCUGAUAAUUUAUUAUAUGUGAAGAAAGUAUUUAUACUUUUUUCCCCUAUUUGCACUAACUAACGGUACUUCAGAACUACUGAGAAUCUUUAUUUUUUACAAAAAAGAAAAAUUAUCACACCCUGUGGAAGGACACCACUUACACAAAACCAGCACUUUUGAUUUUUCAACCUGUUUCAUCCAAGUUCUGGUUGCUUUUGCCAUCCCGAUUGGAGAGCAGCUGUGUUGCCAAACACGGAUAAACAAAGCAGAUCCAGUGGACACGUUCAAGGUCAGACACAAAUAAUCUUGUCGCAUCGGGUAAACCUCAGCAGUUAGCUAUGCAGCUUGAAAUCCAAGUAGCCCUCAACUUCAUCAUCUCAUACCUGUAUAACAAGCUGCCCAGGCGACGGGUCAACAUUUUUGGCGAGGAGCUGGAGCGGCAGCUGAAGCAGAAAUAUGAAGGACACUGGUACCCGGACAAGCCAUACAAGGGUUCAGGAUUCAGAUGCAUCCAUGUUGGGGAGAAGGUGGACCCUGUGGUGGAGAAGGCAGCCAAAGAGAGUGGGCUGGACAUCGAGGAUGUUCGCAACAACCUCCCCCAGGACCUCAGUGUGUGGAUUGACCCCUAUGAGGUGUCCUACCAGAUUGGGGAGAAGGGGCCAGUUAAAGUGUUGUAUGUCGACGACAGCAAUGAAAGUGGAGGUAGUAAUGCUGGACUUGAUUUGGACAAGGAGAUCAAGAACAGUUUCAAUCCAGAUGCACAGGUCUUCAUGCCCAUCAAUGAGCCUGUGAAUGGCUCCUCCCCAGGCUCCAGCUCACCCUCUCCACCUUUUGGUCACUCAGCAGCAGUCAGCCCCACCUUUAUGCCCCGCUCCACACAGCCUUUAACCUUCACAACAGCCACCUUUGCUGCUACCAAGUUUGGCUCCACUAAGAUGAAGAGCAGUGGACGUAACAAUGGCGGCAGUGGUGCUGGGAACAAGGUGGCCCGUACCUCUCCCACCAACCUGGGCCUGAAUGUGAACAGUCUCCUAAAACAGAAAGCCAUCUCCACCUCCAUGCACUCUCUGUACGGGUUGGGCCUCGGAGCGCCACAGCAGCAACAGCACCAGAAGCCCUCGGCACUCUCCCCCAAUGCCAAGGAAUUUGUGUUCCCCAGCCUGCAGGGCCAGGGAAGCCAGAGUGCUCUUUUCCCCGGCGACAGCUCGCUCAGCCUCAGCCCGCUGCAGUACAGCAAUGCCUUUGAUAUGUUUGCGGCCUACGGUGGCCUUAAUGACAAGUCCCUUAUGGAUGGCUUGAAUUUCAGCUUAAGCAACAUGCAGUAUUCUAACCAGCAAUUCCAGCCAGUUAUGGCCAACUAGUACAAGUAAAGGUACUACUUAAGCUACUACUUCAUACAGAAACGACCAGAGAUAAUGUGAUGGGGGGGAAACAAACACAAAUGCACAUUUCAAAAAAAAAAAAUAAGAAAAUUGAAAAAAAAAAAUGUAAACAAGAACCGAAUGUCAAGUAUAAAAGGAAAAAAGUGACUUGUCACCUGUAAGAUCUGUUAUGAGUCUAAGAGCAUGAGCCCGAGGGUGAAUUAUUUUUGCCCCCUUGAGUUUGACUUUUUUUUUCUUUUUUUUUUCCUUAAUGAAGCUUGUAGUACAAAAUGUCCAAGCUUGGUUACCUAAACUUCAACAUGCAUCAUUGUUAUUUCUUUUGCCAACCAAGCACAAAAUAUUUUUUUUAUGUGACUGUUUUAAGAUAUAUAUAUUAAAAAAAAAAAAAGACAAAAAAGAAAAAAAAAACACCACCA